AUGCCAGUAAUGAAAGGAAUGAGGGUAAAAACCAACUCAGCACUUACACGUAAGGUACGAGAAGGAGUUAUGGAAUUCCUGCUUACUAACCAUCCCCUUGAUUGUCCCAUCUGUGAUCAGGGAGGUGAGUGUGACCUGCAAGAUCAAUCUAUGGCUUUUGGAAGCGAUCGUGGUCGCCUCGUAGCCACUUACGAUGGAAAGAGAGCUGUCGAGGAUAAGAACAUAGGCCCACUUGUGAAAACAGUCAUGACUCGGUGCAUCCACUGCACACGUUGUGUACGAUUUGCAAACGAGAUAGCUGCCUUCCCCGAUUUUGGAACAACCGGAAGAGGAUCUGAUCUGCAGAUUGGUACCUAUGUCGAGAAAUUUUUCGCUUCUGAAUUGUCUGGAAAUGUGAUUGAUCUUUGCCCUGUUGGUGCCCUCACCAGCAAGCCGUACAGCUUUACUGCUCGACCUUGGGAGACUCGCAAGACGGAAAGUGUUGAUGUUAUGGACGCCAUAGGCUCGAAUAUUGUGAUAUCACAUAGGACAGGCGACUUGCUACGUGUUAUCCCGAAAAUGAAUGAUGAAGUCAAUGAAGAGUGGAUCAGUGAUCAGACUCGCUGGGCUAUUGAUGGACUCAAGACCCAGCGGUUGAUGUGUCCGAUGAUGAAGGAUCAGAAUGGUGUUUUGAGACAAGCUUCAUGGGAAGAGACGUUGUUCGUUGUUGCCCAAAAACUUCGUGAAACACCUGCUGAUCAGAAAGCGGCUGUAGCCGGAGGCCUCAGUGAUGUUGAAUCGUUGGUGGCACUUAAAGAUCUUUUCAAUCGUUUCAAUUCCGAAAAUGUUUGCACCGAAGAAGAAUUCCCAGCAACGUCCGAUUUGAGGUCGAACUACAUAAUGAAUGACGCCAUCGUUGGUGUUGAAAGUAGCGAUGCUCUUCUGCUUAUUGGCACCAAUCCUCGUUACGAAGCUCCGGUUCUCAAUGCUAGAAUUAGAAAGACUUACCUCAACACUGAUAUCGAAGUUGGUGUCAUUGGUGGCGACUCCGAUCUGACUUAUGAUUACGAGCAUAUUGGUAGCAGUGCAAAGGCUAUUGAUGACGUUAUUGCUGGAAAAACUCCGUUUGCAAAGAAGUUCUUGUCUGCUAAGAACCCAAUGAUUAUCGUCGGUUCGGCGGCCGUUCAAGGUGAAAAGGGAGCUGACGUGCUCGCCAAGGUUCAGCAACUGGUUAGUUGUUUUAGCAUUGUAUCGUGUGUUGUUUUCGGGUGGUCGUUCUGUAGCUGA